GGUGGGGGGGGCCAGCGCCUCCACACCCUGCCCUCCCCCAGGUCCUCCUCCAGCAGAGCCCCAAUUCCCUGCUCUGACACCGGCCGGAGCCAAGCCGGCAGCAGAGCAGCCAUGGCAGCGGAACAGACCGAGCUGGAGGAGAGGAUCAUCAUCAAGGACCAACACAUCAAGGAGAUCGACCUGGUGAACAGAGACCCAAAGCGUAUAAACGAGGACGUUGUAAAGGUGGAUUUUGAGGAUGUGAUCGCUGAGCCCGUGGGAACAUACAGCUUUGACGGUGUCUGGAAAACCAGCUACACCACCUUCACUGUCAGCAAGUACUGGUGCUACCGGCUGCUCUCUGCCAUCCUGGGCAUCCCCCUGGCAGUCAUCUGGGGCUUCCUCUUUGCCCUCAUCUCCUUCUGCCACAUCUGGGCGGUGGUGCCCUGCAUCAAGAGCUACCUGAUAGAGAUCCAGUGCAUCAGCCGGAUCUACUCCCUCUGCAUCCACACCUUCUGCGACCCGUUCUUUGAGGCACUCUCCAAGAUCUGCAGCAACGUCAGGGUUGCUCUCCGGAAGGAGAUCUAGGUCCCUACCGCCGCCCCAACCAGCGCAACCGCCCCUCUGCGCGGGUUUCCGUGGCUCCUGCCGCGUGCCCUGCCCUCGGGCACACAGACACCCGUGCCCAGGGACCUGCGCGGCGCGGCAGGGCCCCACGGCAGAGCUGGCUGUCGGGGAUGCUCCCUGCAGACGGAGGCAUGCUGGGCUGCCCCUUACUGUACCGCAAAGCCAGCAGCUUUAGGAGAGGAGAAGCCCGUUGAGGCUCGGCAAGCAGCACAGGGAGAGCCCUCUGCCCGCCAGGACCCCCGGCAUCGCACCCUGCUCCUGCAGGAGGGGCUGCAGCUUCUCCCGGACCACAGCCCUGGGCCAUGGCCCGCAGCUGCAGAGCGAGAAGCGAGGGUGCAGAGAUGCUGCUGGACAACAGACCAAACGCUGCCUGCUUCUCCAUCCCUUCGGUCUGGCAAGACGCUGAGAGAAAUACUUGCGUAUGAAUUAUUAUUUGCUGCAAACAAUUGUUGUUGUGGAAGCUUCUGUAUUAAAUCACACUGCACAAAAUUUUUAUGGAUAGAAUAUCAGUGAAAUGCUAGUGAAAACAAACUUUUUUUCAUGUGUGUUUACAUUUUAGCAAAGCUUUGAAAUCCAGAUCAAUUAGUGCAUGAAAUGUCGCGUCUGCCUUCUGGGAGUACGUGCUGAGCCUGGGCCGCUGGCAAUUGCAAAACCAUUCGUGGCAGUUCGACACUCACUACUUAAUUACGGGGCAUCGUUACGCUUUGUGGGCAGGAUGCAACGGGCAGGACAGCAUAGGUGGGCAGCGCUGGGGCUGCAGAGGGGGCAGCCGGGCAGCACCACUGGGAGCAACAAGAACAAGUGGCUUUUGAUAACUUUGCUUGAGAAACGACAAGCUUGGCUUUAGGUGAAGCUUUGGCUUGUUUCUCAGGGACAAUAUUUACUAUGUGCUCGCUGCUUUGGUGCAGGGUGAGCUCUGGCCCACAGCAAUGCGUUUCUCUUGCGCAGCUGCUCCGUGCCCUGCCCUGCCGUCCCGGCGCUGGGACGGAGCGAUGGAGGCUGCGGGGGGGCAGGACCACGCCGACCCCUCGGGCUCUGCCCCGAGGGAGGAGACCCGUGUCCGGCGCUGCCUUGCACCCUUCCCUCCGGCCGGUCCCCCCCGUAGCAUCCCACGGGGCUCACCCAGACGUGCCUGCCGGAGCGGAGGAAGGACCUGCUCGGGGCAUUGCCCGCUCCCAGCCACCCCGGCUCCAGUGAAAGGACAGGGGCGAGGGGGGGAAAAGUCCCAUUCGGAGCUAUUUCCUUCCCUGUAUUGUCAAUUAAUUUGUUUAGUCCAUCUUCCGUGAAGCCGUACUUUAACUCUGAGGCACUUAAACGCUUUUUUGGCUCUGGCCUUAAGUGCUUUGCUGAAUCAGGGCCCAGGAGGUCUCGCUGUUCAGAGGUUAUUUGCAGUUGUAUUCAUGUUCUUUCUUGCCUUGGCUUCCAACAGAGACCUGGAGCCAAAGUCUUUCCUAGUGCCAUGCCAAGGACAAGAAAGAGCCAGAUUUUCUAUUGGUGCUCUUCCAAUGGUUUGGGAUUGUGGACUUCCCUUAUUCCAUAGCAAUAUAGCACCCAUGCUCUAGCAACACUGGGCCUAGAGAUGGACGGAGUGAUAAAUAUAAAAACUAUUUAGAUACUUGUAGAGGAAAAAAAUCUCCAAAACCACUUUAUCAUGAGCAUUUUUUAAAGUUUUUUUUUGUGGGAAUAAAAAUAAUUAAAAACAAUACUGGGAUUUAUAGUCUUUUUAAUUUUUUUUUGUUGUUGUUCUAGUAGUUCACAGCCUGAACCCCAAAAACCUCCAAAAUUCUGAUCUCC